AUGAGGGAGAUCCUCCACAUCCAGGGUGGUCAAUGUGGGAACCAGAUCGGAGCCAAGUUCUGGGAGGUGGUCUGCGACGAGCACGGGAUCGACACCACAGGUCGCUACCAAGGCGACUCAGAUCUGCAGCUUGAGCGCGUCAAUGUCUACUACAACGAGGCGAGCUGCGGCCGCUACGUUCCCCGGGCGGUGCUGAUGGACUUGGAGCCAGGGACCAUGGACAGCGUCAGAUCGGGGCCUUACGGUCAGAUCUUCCGACCUGAUAACUUCGUCUUCGGGCAGUCCGGGGCCGGGAACAACUGGGCCAAGGGUCAUUAUACCGAGGGGGCGGAGCUCAUUGAUUCUGUCCUAGAUGUUGUUAGGAAAGAGGCAGAGAACUGUGACUGCUUGCAAGGUAAUAAUGGCGAGUGGCAUUUUUUCAUGGCAAAAAUAUAUUUUAGUUGUUAAAUACCGAAUAUCUUUUUUGUCCCGGUUUAUCGCUGAAUAUUUGUCACUGUGCCAGAAUAUUGGGUGAUUCGUCCUUUGAAUAACAUAUUCUUCUCCUCAUUGUGGUAUUUGGCUUCUUGUAUUCAUUCUAAACCGUCAUCUGCUUCAUAUUACAUAUUGUUGUCUCCAGACUGUUUCUAGAUUUUUCUUUUUUGUUAUCUCUAUACUGGUGAUGUGUUCAUUUUACUUUGUCGCGAGUCUUUCGAGGUUAUAUUUCGCCGGUCUUGGCAGCUUUAUGAUGUUUUUUGGGUCAAUAUUACAGUAAUGCAGGUCACGCUAGUAUAUCUACCAUUAUCCUGAAACUGAUUAAAAAUGGGAAUGCCUUCUCCUUUACGUUUUUAUCUGCUAAUUGAAUUUUUUCUGUUUGUUAUGUCACUAGUUGGCGUUUCCACUUUUGUUGUCUUUCGUGAUUCCUAAAGAGAACGUCCAAGCAUACCGUGAAAACUGGCACGCUUUUCUCAAAUCUCUAGGAUUUAAUUUACUUAAGGUUUCAUGGUUCUUUGCUGCUGUUUCAGGGUUUCAGGUCUGCCAUUCACUGGGUGGUGGAACGGGGUCAGGCAUGGGAACUCUUUUGAUCUCGAAGAUCAGGGAAGAGUACCCAGAUCGCAUGAUGCUCACGUUCUCCGUCUUUCCUUCCCCAAAGGUGUCGGACACCGUGGUUGAGCCUUACAAUGCCACACUCUCGGUGCAUCAGUUGGUUGAGAACGCCGAUGAGUGCAUGGUUUUGGACAAUGAGGCCCUUUACGACAUCUGCUUCCGAACUCUGAAACUCACCACCCCGAGCUGUAAGUCCUCAACUAGUCCUUUCUUGCUCCUCCCCAGUGUUUUGAUUCUUGUGAUAUUAAUUAAUUAAUUUCUGAAACAAACAGUUGGCGACCUCAACCACCUCAUCUCUGCCACAAUGAGCGGGGUUACUUGCUGCCUUCGCUUCCCUGGACAGCUGAAUUCUGAUCUUCGGAAGCUUGCCGUCAAUCUAAUCCCUUUCCCUCGUCUCCACUUCUUCAUGGUCGGGUUUGCACCUCUGACCUCGAGAGGAUCCCAGCAGUACCGGUCUCUCACAGUCCCCGAGCUCACCCAACAAAUGUGGGACUCCAAGAACAUGAUGUGCGCUGCGGAUCCGCGCCAUGGACGGUACCUCACCGCGUCAGCUGUUUUCCGUGGCAAGAUGAGCACCAAGGAAGUGGAUGAGCAGAUGAUCAACGUGCAGAACAAGAACUCUUCCUACUUCGUGGAGUGGAUCCCGAACAACGUGAAAUCCACUGUCUGCGACAUCCCCCCAACUGGGCUGAAGAUGGCGGCCACCUUCAUCGGGAAUUCCACCUCCAUCCAGGAGAUGUUCCGCCGAGUCAGCGAGCAGUUCACUGCCAUGUUCCGCAGGAAGGCUUUCUUGCACUGGUACACUGGUGAGGGGAUGGACGAGAUGGAGUUCACGGAGGCCGAGAGCAACAUGAACGACCUGGUUUCGGAGUACCAGCAGUACCAGGAUGCCACCGCCGACGAAGAGGGCGAGUACGAAGAUGAGGAAGAGGAGGAGAUCCAGGAGGCCUGA